AUGACCAUAAUGACCGCUUCGCCCAGUUCCGGCGUCGGGCGGCUGGUGAGACGGCUGUUCAGCUGGACCAUUGCUGCGCUCUGCGGUGGCUUGCUGUACAAAGCGCUGCAGAAAUGGGCGGAAUAUCGGAAGAGGAUUGAAGAUGACAGUCAUGAGCUGGUUGUGGAGCACUCCUACCUCCGGAAGGACUGGGAGGAGCCGAAGCCAGCGUCCCCAGAGCCCAAGGGGCCCAAGGGGUCCAAGGGGUCCACGGGGUCCAAGGAGAAGCCGGAGCCCGCCGACAUCACCCAAUUUGGUUUGCCGGAUGACCAAUUUGAGCUGAGUACCAAGCUGGAUGCUGGUGGCCAGGGCACAGUCUUUCGGUGCAUACGACUGAAUACCCAACAUGAAUAUGCAGUGAAGGUGAUCAAUACCACCUUGAUCGAAAAGUCAGAGCGACAGCUGGCAUCCUUGCGAUCAGAAAUCCGCAUCAUGCGGGAACUGCAUCAUCCACACAUUGUGAACUUACAUGAGGCUUUCUGGACUGAUGACCAGUGCCUCAUUGUCAUGGAUUUGGCACACGGCGGGAAUCUCUUUGACAAGUUGCACAAGGAUAUCAUGGACUGCCAACGUGACCCAUUCCCUGGACUUGGUGGCAAAGAGUUUUCCUCAAAACAUGUUGCUGCACAACUGCUAGAGGGCAUCGGCUACAUGCAUGCGCAUCACGUGCUCCAUCGGGAUCUCAAACUUGAGAACAUCCUGAUUACUCACAGCAGCUUCUCUGCUGAAGAGGAUUGCCCUUUGCAUCACAUCAAGAUUGCAGAUUUUGGCCUGUCAACUUCAAAGGAGCGGAAGGCAACGUCCAAAGCCACCUUGAAGCGAACAAUGACGGCAGUUGGUACCCCUGACUAUGUUGCACCAGAGGUCUUAAAGGGUAAAUACGACGAGCGGGUGGACUAUUGGAGUUUUGGCGUGAUUCUUUACGCGAUGCUGUGUGGUCGGAUGCCCUUUGUAGUGCGCUGCUUGAGCCCAGAGGAGCACAAGGAACAGGUCUCACAGGUCAGCGACUGCCCCUCUUGGCGCUUGAUCAGUCGGGAGGGACGCCAGUUGGUGCAGGGGCUCUUGACGGUGGAUGCGGAGCAGAGGCUCGGGUUGCUGCAGUGCAGCGAACAUCCCUGGCUCAUGGGGGCAGUUUCCUCCACCUGCGUGUUUCUGCCGCCCGAAUCGCCCACAAAAACUGCGAGAGUUGACUCUGUUGGAGGAGUGGUGGAUAGCAUCGUCGGUCGCACAGGGGCAGGUGUGCAUAGCCUGGAACUGUGGCAGCGUGAUGGGAAAGUACAUCGUCAUGGCAGUGAUGGAGGAGCCAUUCAAACCAUUUUUCAGGUGGAGCCUGAUGAACUGCUGGUGGCUGUGAUGCAGGACUUCAAUCUUGACAAAGUGCUUGGAAGUUCCCUGGUCUUCUACACAAGCAAAGCUCGCAUCCUGGCCAUCUCGGGCUCCGAGGCGCGCACGCGGCGCCGUUUUGCGGCGCCUAGCGGCAGGCAGAUUACGGGAAUGCAAUUUGACAACCACCAGCUGAUGGGGGUCUUCCUGGAGAAAGUGGAUGAGAAUCGCGGCGCUGUGGAAUGCCUCACGGGUCGCGUGGGAUCUGCUGUGGACUCCUGCGAACUGAAGUUGCGAGAUGGCACGACCUACUCCUAUGGAGAAUCUGGUGGUGACAUGAUCAGAGGACCAUGGCAACUGCAGGAGGAUGAGUGGAUCAUUGUGGUGGAGCAGUUCUUCCGCGAUCGGAAGCUGGGUGCAUCGUUGGUCUUCUACCUCUCGAGUGGGCGGGUCUUAAAGUUAUCAGGCAUGACUGCAGUGAGAUCUCCUCGCUUUGCGGCUCCCUGGGGGCAGCAGAUCUGUGAUGUGCGUUUUGACGAGACCGGGCGACUGGUUCAAGUGGUAACCGCCAACCUGUCCGGAGCGCAGCCGUGUAAGGCUUGUACCAUCCAGAUGUAG